UACAGAGCACAGUAUAACUACUCAAGUCUUCUUCAAUUGCUAUCCCAGGUUUAUAUUUUUGGAAGAUCAAGACAGAAUGGCUUGUGUGAUAUUUAUCACCGUGAUGGCGACGCUCGUCUCAACAUGCUAUGGCUUUCGAACAGAUUGUACUGAUGACUGUCUAAGUAGAGGCAAAUGUAAAUGGAAUGGGUCUGGUUUCUACUGUGUGUGCUAUGUUGGAUAUUAUGGCGAUCGGUGUAAAUAUGGAUUUGGUGGAUACCCGAAUGCAGAAACCACAGCGAUGACCAGUUUGGUGACCCCGAAACAGACGACACCACUUGUAGGCGGCAAUGACCAGCAUCCGGAUAUUAUCAUGGCUGUGUUAUAUGCGGCAAUAGCGUUGCUUAUCAUCUCAUUUACCGUGCUGACUAUCCGCUAUCGACGCCAGUACGAGUCAAUGAGACAACAACUUAUCAGGAGACGAACGGAAGGUUUUCGGAGAAGCCGUCAGUCAAGGGAUUUAGAAUUAGCUAACGAGGCGACCAGUGAUGGACCAUAUAGUACGGUUGUUAUGGUUUCAUCGCAAAUACAACCUCCUCCGUACAAAGAACUAUCAUCAAGUUUACACGACCAUGGUCGCAUUUAUGAUGACCCUCCGCCAUAUGAACUUAUAGUUGCACUGGAUGAAAGGGUCAAUUGUGGCGGGGCGGGCGACGCACAGGAAUGCGAUGCAGUGUGA